AUGAGACGUGCAACCUCCUUAUCAUUAACUUUUAAUGAAAAAUUUGAUGACAGUAUAAUCGUUGCUAUCAAUAUAUAUAUGAACUACACUAAUCAUCCAUACAUAUUGAUAGCAACGAUUGUAAUGGUAUUCUCAUAA